UUGUACUUUGCAUAUACUACAAUUUGUAAUAUUUGUAUCGAAUAACGGUGUAGUUCGGUAGCUUGUGAUUUUGACAGUUAAAUCGAAUACAUAAUACAUGAAUUACUAAAACGAAAUAGCCAAUACUUUGUCCAAUUCUGUUUAUUCACGCGUACUUCUCCAGGAACGACGAUUAAAAUUUAUCAACUUGUACAAUUUGUUACAGUAAAUAGGAAGGCUAAUGCCAUUUAACUUAUUUCUGACAUGUAUCAUUUCAAGAUAUGUGACAUUUGUUCCGGUUCAAGAAUUAGAAGAUUCACAAUUCGCAUGUUCUACAACUUGUGACAUUUGCAUCUGUAAAUAGCGAAGCUAAUGCCAGGCGUAUUGGCAUGGUUGAAAACUGCUUUGGCAGUUCCGGCCAGCCAGUUGCAGUACCUGGAAGAGUUUUAGUAGGAGAAGGUGUCCUCACAAAAAUGUGUAGGAAAAAACCAAAACCAAGACAGUUCUUUCUAUUUAAUGACAUAUUGGUUUAUGGAAACAUUGUAAUAAACAAAAAGAAGUACAAUAAACAGCAUAUUAUACCACUCGAAGAAGUCAAAUUGGAGUCUUUGGCAGACGAUGGUCAAUAUCGCAAUGGUUGGCUUAUAAAAACAGUAACAAAGUCGUUUGCUGUUUAUGCUGCUACUGGUACAGAGAAGCAAGAAUGGAUGGCUCAUAUUACAAGAUGUAUCGAAGAUUUAUUAAGAAAAAGUGGUAAGAAACCAGUUGAAGUUCAUGCAGCUGUAUGGGUACCAGAUAAUGAAGCUACAAUUUGCAUGCACUGUAAUAAAACACAAUUUACAGUCUUAAAUCGACGACACCAUUGUAGACAAUGUGGGGCUGUAGUAUGUGGACCUUGCAGCAAUAAGAAGUUAUUACUACCUGGCCAAGGAAAUGGAAAAGCAGUCAGAGUCUGUUUACAAUGUUAUGACGCGGCUAGUAAAAUAAAAGCGUCAUCUCCAACUACUGUCGACAAUCUAAAUAAUAAGGACCAGCAACGCAAUUCUGCUGAUAGUUCAGGAGGUGACAGUUCUGGCGAUGAUGAUGACGGAAAUAAGGAAGAAAAUCAUGACGAGCCUAAAUUUUAUUCUCGCUUGCACCAUGAAGUUGACUACAUUAUAAACAAAUAAAGGAAAUUACGGAUAAAAGCAUUAUUCAAAACAAUAUUUUUGAAAAGUAAUAACUUUAAAUUGCCAAUAAUUAAAACUUCUAGUAAUUUGAAGAUUGUUAACCAUUUCGGUACGAAUGUUCAAAUUACUGGAUGAGCACUAUGCACCCUUUAAAGCCCUUGUGUCAGUUAUACUGAAUGAUUAGUAUGCGUUAUCAUAGAGGUACUCUAAUGACAUGACGUGCGUGCCAGACAGCAAUAAUGCUUUUUGGCUAGUACCUACCAUAUCGAAAGGGUUAAAACUAUUUUUAAAUUGUAUUUAUGCAAAGUACCGAGAAAAAUGUCUUAUGUACAAAUAACUAAAAUGAUUUUAUAUUAAAUUUCGAGAACCAA